AUGGAGCAGUCACAGUGUGGCAGCAGAGACCGCAGCGGCAGCGGCCGACCUCACCUGGCCCCGGGGCUGGUGGCGACGGCCCCUCCGCCCCCCUCUCCGGCUUUGCGGGUACCCCCAGGGAUACCCGUUCCUCCAACUUUCCUGCGGCCACCCAGCCUCUUUCUGCGGGCGGCCGCGGCUGCAGCCGCCUCCACCGCGGGAAACGGGGGCUGCGCACCGGCUCCCGGGCUGCAGAGAGGGUUGGGCACGGUGGGCUGCGGCUACCCACGGACGCCCAAGUGCGCCCGUUGUCGCAACCACGGCGUCGUAUCGGCGCUCAAGGGCCACAAGCGCUUCUGCCGCUGGCGGGACUGCGCUUGUGCCAAGUGCACUCUGAUCGCCGAGCGCCAGCGCGUCAUGGCCGCCCAGGUGGCGCUGCGUAGGCAGCAGGCCCAGGAAGAGAGCGAGGCUCGGGGGUUGCAGAGGUUCUUGUACUCUUCUGGACCCUCGGGACCCGGGCUUCAGACCUCGGGAGGCAGGAUCGGAGCGGAGAAUCCCCACGCGGCGAGCGUCCCUGCAGCGGUGACUGCGCUAGAACUGGGUGCCUUGAGACAAGCUAGUGGUCUGGCGACCCCUGCUUUCGAGGUUUUCCAGUCAGAUUAUACGAAGAAAAAGCAAGAACAAAAAGAGAGUAAAUGUGACUCAUGCCAGAGUGGACAAGAAGACCCAGUCUCCAAAUCCCAUCAACUUACCCUGGGAUCAUCUCUUAAGUCUAAUAGUGUAUUUAGAAAACUAAAUGUUAGGUCAUCUAUUUCAGAAAACUCAAACAAGGAUGAUAGCAUUCUGUCUCCUCAGCCUGCGGAACAAUCAGGAGGUGAAGAGAGUCCCAGGUCACUAUCAUCCUCGGAUUUGGAAUCAGGAAAUGAAAGUGAGUGGGCCAAAGACUUCACUGCUAUCAGAGCCAGACUUUCCACAGUGUCCUCCAGACCAAGAGAUCCUCUUGAUAUCCUUACCAGGAUUUUCCCAGGUUACAGGCGCAGCCGGCUGGAAGGCAUUCUACAGUUCUGCAAAGGGGAUGUGGUCCAAGCUAUUGAACAGGUCCUAAAUGGGAAAGAACAUAAAUCAGACACCAGGGACCUAGCAAGCUCAGGAGAAUUGGAAAAUAUAGCUUUUCAGAGAGCUUCAAAUGUUAGUUUAGCUGGAAUUGGUUUUGGAACUCUAGGGAAUAAAUCAGCUUUCUCUCCUCUUCAGACCACUUCUGCUUCUUAUGGAGGUGAUUCAAGUCUCUACAGCUUAAAUUCUAGACUAGGUGUCAAUCCAUUACGGCUGGGAUAUUCCUCUCCAGGAAGAGGGCUGUCUGGUUUCAUGUCUCCCUACCUAACUCCUGGAUUGGUACCAGCGUUGCCUUUUCGCCCAGCUUUGGAUUAUGCCUUUUCGGGGAUGAUUAGGGAUUCAUCCUACCUUCCCAGCAAAGACUCUGUAACUGGUAGCAGACUGUAUUCCAGGCUGAAUCAGGACAAGCUGUAA